GAGGGAAAGGCACCAUGUUAACGGCGAGUUUCCUUAAAUCGGCGUUUAAUUGACCCGGAAAACGAAGACAAGUAGUGACCCCAGACAUGUGAGGAUAAGAAAAAUCGUUCAAAAUAACAUAAAGAAACACCGAUAAACCAUGGGACGUGGAAUAAAGUUCUAACUACUCAAUGAAAAGAUUCCGGACAGACUUGGAAGAUGUUUACGUCUAAAAAGUUAAAUUCCUUCAAAUAUUGGAGCACUUCAUUUCAUGAUUCACAAAGAAUGUAAUGUAAUCAAAGUGUACUAAAAUUAAGAGUGCCGAAGAAGUUAUAGUUCAAUUAAAUUGAGUUUAAGAUCAAUUUUAUUAAUUCUACAUCUUGUAUUGGAUCAUAUACAAGCGUACUAAAAUUUGGGAUUGCCAAAGAAGUUAUGGUUCAAUUAAAUCGAGUUUAAGACCAACUUUAUUAAUUCUACAUAUUGUAUUGGAUCAUUUACAAGUUUCAUCCCUGCCGUUGCCAUGGUGAUCUAUCAACAAGCACCGACAUCUUUAAAAAAAUCACUGGUUUUAUCAAAAGAACGUUGUUUUAUGAUAAUUAUCACGAUUAUUAGGAGUUAUGGUUCAAUUAAAUCGAGUUUAAGAUCAAUUUUAUCAAUUCUACAUCUCGUAUUGGAUCAUUUACAACGAUUCAUAAGAAGUUUUUCAAAAGAGAUUCAUAAGAAGUUACAAGAAGUCAAGAUCAAGAUUAUUCCAUAAAUAAUGAAGACGAUUAAUUUAAUUAAAAACACCAAUUUUACUCAAAAAUUGAAAUGGAAUCAUGCUGAAUCGAUGGGUGAAUAAAAUAGCAAUUGUAACUGGAGCUAGUUCAGGAAUUGGAGCCGCGAUAGCUCAAAAAUUAGUUCAAGGAGGAUUAAUUGUCGUUGGAAUCGCAAGGAGAGUGGAAUUGAUCCAAACGAUCUCGGAGCAGUUAAAAAAUGCGAAAGGGAACCUUAUUCCGUUUAAAGCGGAUGUCACAAAAGAAAAAGAUAUCCUCGCCCUCUUUGAAUUUGUCAAAACUAAAUUAGGACCGGUUCACGUUUUGAUUAAUAACGCGGGGAUUACACGAAACACAAACCUUUCCGAUGGGGAUACUUCUAAGUGGAGAGAGAUUUUAGAAACGAACGUUUUAGCUCCGUGUGUUACAACGAGAGAAGCAAUCAGAGUCAUGAAAAAGCACGCAAUCGAGGGACAAAUAAUUCAUAUUUCGAGCGUUUUGGGGCACUACGUGGCUCAUAUUCCUAAUUUAAAUAUGUAUCCAGCUUCGAAAUUUGCAAUUAGGGCUUUGACGGAGACUUUGAGGCAGGAAUUUUUAGCUGAAAACGUUCCAAUAAGAGUUUGUACGAUUAGCCCAGGUCCCACUGAUACGGAAAUUAAUAAAUUACACUCGAAUAAUGGGAGUUUUGCUAAUAUCAUUGAUGCAAUGCCUAAAUUGAAAGCGGAAGAUGUUGCUGAUGCUAUUGUUUAUGUCUUAUCCACCCCUCAUCAUGUGCAGGUUCAAGAUAUUAUGAUUCGACCACUUGGAGAACCUGUUUAAAUGAAUUUGUGAUCAAAAAUAAAUUAUUUUGUUUAUUUA